AUGAUUCGCCUUCUCUUCUACCUCGCGGCAGCCGCUCUCCCACUGGUGACCGCAGUCGCCACUGGCCAGACCACUAGAUACUGGGAUUGCUGCAAGCCCAGUUGUGCCUGGAGUGGAAAGGCUUCCGUCACCUGGCCCGUGAAUGCCUGCGAUGCGAAUAACAAAGUACUAUCAGACGUGAACACCGCUUCUGGCUGUAACGGCGGUACAGCGUUCAUGUGCAGUAACCAGAUUCCGUGGGCUUGGAAUAGAUAUGCCGCCGUGAAACUCUCUGGCGCUAGCGAGAGCGAUUGGUGUUGUGCUUGUUAUGAACUUACAUUUACAUCUGGCCCCGUGUCCGGCAAGAAGAUGAUAGUCCAAGCAACCAAUACCGGGGGUGAUCUUGGAAGCAACCACUUUGAUAUCUCAAUCCCCGGCGGCGGGGUCGGCGUCUUCAACGGGUGCACAAAGCAAUAUAACGCACCAGCCGACGGUUGGGGCUCUAGAUACGGUGGUGUCUCGACCAGGUCCGAAUGCGACGCUCUUCCCGCGGCGAUCCGUCAGGGAUGUUACUGGAGAUUUGACUGGUUCAAAGGCGCGGAUAACCCGGCCGUCACCUUUCAAAAGGUUACAUGCCCAUCCGCGAUUACGGCGAAUACGGGGUGCGUUAGGAAGUGA